ACGACUAGGCUUUUCUUACUUGUGAACUGAGAAGUCUGAGCAGGGUCUGCGUCCGCACGUUUGUUGUGCAGAAAGCAUUAUGACCCACUUGGCGAGCUUCCUCACUGUCUGCCUCUCUGCCAGCGUUGCCUUCUCCCAGAAUUGUCCCAAAAGCGUACCUUCAUGGGACGCCCUAGCUGCACUCAACCAAGUCAUACCCUACAUGAGGUACGUCUCUCAGCAUGCCCCAAAGGACAAGGAGAAGUGUCUGUUCUUCGACGUUCCUUUUUCGUACCCCCACUCGAAAACGAAACUGAGGAGUAACACCUAUGGCGCAUACAAUGAAGCCUUCAAAAAACAAGAAAAACGACGAAUGUACGCUCUUGUCGAGAAAAACAUGGUCAAGGUACUGAGCGGCGUAUUCAAGGGGGCUUGGAACCUCCUCCAUGCGGAUCCAGACACUUGCAUCGUCACCCAUCACGACACAAGAGGACUUGAAAUAUGGGUUCGUCAGGAUCGUCCAAAACCGUACGAGUUCAACGCCUGUUGCAUGAUCAGGUUCUUGGAAGAAGUCGAAUCAGAGGCGCCUGAGUACGACAUGGCCCAUUCUCCGACUUACCAGGCGCCGUAUGAGGAUCAGAAGUGCCGCACUCUCAAGGGCUGAUCUGGCAAGAAAUAAAAAGCAAACAGUCCAGAGAACACAUGGACUGUGUGCGUUUUUCUUCAGUGGCAGUUGCACAUUGGCAACCCGUUCGUCUCUUUCAGUCAAUUCUCUUUGCUGUUCGUUUCCCGUUUAUUCGUGAAGAAGCAACGUGCUCAAUUUCUUAUCCUUCAUGUACCAAUGGGAGUGCAUUUUAAUAAAGAUAUGUGUGCAAAGGUA